ACGUCUAAUGUCAUACAUAUCAUAACAGAGUCGCACAUGUGUUGUACAAAAUAUUGUACAGGGUUAUGAUAAUUUUAAUGAAAAUAUAAAUUUGUUAUGAAAAGAGAAUUUAUUAUAAUAAAAAUAUGUCAACAAACACAACAACAGACAACAUGGAUGAAAUCCUCGAGUCUUUUAACAGUCUAACUGCAAAAUCCGUGAAGUAUCUAGAAGUACAGAAGGAAAUCAAAGAUGAUAUCAAAAACCUAGUGAAAACCCUUUACGACUUCACAAAAUCGCAAGAAGUUAUAAAUAAAAAGAAAAAAAAUGUAGCUUUGCCGCAAAUACUAAUCGAAGAUUUCGACGAGGAGCAAAUUUGGCAACAAGUAGAGCUUCAGAAUACUGAAUGUUGGGAUCAACUUGUUUGGGAUGUUGCACAAUGCAUAUCUAAUAAAGAUGACCUUAUAUUUCCAGUUGAAAUCGGAAAAUCGGCUAAGAAAAAGAAGAAAAGAAAAAAUAUUAACCCUAAUGUUGAAACGGAUACAAAAUGCCUUGAAGAAAUAUUAGAAACAAAACCAAAACUUAAGUUAAGUACUCAGAAAAGCCAUAUGAAAAAGGCAAAAGGGAAACCAUCCAUAGUUGAUGACCAAUUCUUUAAACUGAAUGAGAUGGAGAAGUUUUUGAUACAUGAAGAAAAAAAUGAAGGUAAGAGUAAGAGCAAACAGGUUGCUGAUGAUGAUGAUGAAUCCAUAGAUUUAUUUGAAGAUUUUGAUUCUGAAGAUGAAGAUGUUGAUGAUGGCCAAAAAGAUGUUAUGUAUAAUGAUUUCUUUCAAAAUGAUGACUCUGAUCAGUUUGACAAUACUGGGCAAAAUGACAAUUCUGAUGAAGAUGGUGUGAGUGAUGUUGAAGAAGAACACAUUGAGAGAGUUUAUGAAGAAGAAAAUCAAGUUGAAAACUCAAAGAAAGUCAGGUUUGCUGAUUUACAACAAGAUUCAAAUUCAGAUAAUGAUUCUGAUAAUGAUUCAGAAAAUAUUGAGCCUGUAAAUGGGAAAUUAGAAACAAAUCAGAGUAAAUCUGAAUUUGAAAUGAGACAGGAGAGACUAAAGCAACAUAUUUCAAAACUAGAGGAAAAAACAUUAAAAGAAGCCCCAUGGCAGCUUAAAGGAGAGGUUGAUGCCAAUAAGCGUCCACAAAAUUCAUUACUUCAAGAGAUUGUUGAUUUUGAUCUUACAACCCGACCAGCUCCUAUAAUCACUGAACAGACAACAGUUACAUUAGAAGGUUUAAUACACCAAAGAAUCAAAGACAAGGCUUGGGAUGAUGUUACAAGAAAAGAAAAACCAGUAGAUGACCAACUUGCAUUUAAAAAGCCUGAAAUUCUAGACCAUUCUAAAAGUAAGUUAAGCUUAGCACAAGUUUAUGAAGCUGAAUAUUUGAAACAAAAGCAGGCCAUGUCUGGUGAGAUAGAUGAGAGUGAACCAGAAAUUCACAAAGAAAUUCGGGAUUCUAUGACUACUUUAUUCAACCAACUCGAUGCAUUAUGCCAUUACCACUACACUCCUAAACCACCCCAGGCUGAAGUUAAAAUUGUCAGCAAUACUCCGGCUAUUUCAAUGGAAGAGGUUGCUCCAGUUGCUACAAGUGAUGCAGCACUAUUAGCUCCAGAGGAAAUUAAAAAGAAACCAAAGGGUGACCUCAUGAGUAAAGAGGAAAGAACAAGUACAGACAAAAAGAGGGAAAGAAGGAAGAAAAAGUUGUUGCAAAAGCAGAAGGGACAAGUCUCAAAAGUAACAGAUAAUAGGAAUACAAUGAAAGGUGUUGAGUCUAAUGAUAAAUCUUUGAAAACUUCUAAAGCGUUCUUCCAGCAGUUAAAUGAUGACAGAAAUAGUUUGAUUAAGAAUAAGGCAAAAAAUUAUGUUAGUAUUAAGACAAAGUAGUACAUUUUUGUAGAUAGACAUGAAAUUAAAUAAAUUUUAUAAUGCUUC